AAAGCCUUCCACUUCCUGCCGAGUAGCUCAGUUCAGGAAGAAGAAAUAAUGGCGACGCUUAUGGGGUCCGAGUCCCCCUGUACUGGAGGAAAACGAAGACAUUGCACUGGCAAUAUCGUCACUAAGUUCACGGCUAGUAAAAUCACCGGCCAGGGGUUCAGUCGAGGGACGCAGCUACCAGGAGGCCUGCUCCAGGAGAGAGAUAAACGAGCCAAGUGGCAUGGCAUCCCCGCGCUGCUGCAGAGGCUCCACGAGAGCAGCCAUCCCAACAGUGACCUCUCCCAGGCCCACAGCUUUCUUAAGGUAUUAUCAUCCCAGCUCUCCAUGGAGGCCAUGUCUUUCGUCACGGAGGACAGGAAGACCGCUCAGGAAUCCACCUUCCCCAACACGUACACCUUUGACCUCUUUGGUGGAGUCGAUCUGCUUGUGGAGAUCUUGAUGAGACCCACAUUAACUAUGCAGAAGAAAAAACCCAAUAUGAAUGAUGACUUGGUCAAGGACUGCCUUAGUGUUCUCUACAACUGUUGUAUAUGUACGGAGGGGGUCACGAAGAGCCUGGCAGCGAGGGAUGACUUUGUUCUGUUUCUCUUCACCCUGAUGACAAACAAGAAGACCUUCCUACAGACCGCUACUCUAAUUGAAGAUAUUCUCGGAGUCAAAAAGGAGAUGAUCCAUUUAGAGGGCAUCCCCAACCUGUCCGGCCUGGUCCAAAGCUUCGACCAACAGCAGCUCGCCAACUUCUGCCGCAUCCUGUCCGUCACCAUCUCAGAACCUGAUGUGGGAAACGACGACAAGCACACCCUGUUGGCCAAAAACGCCCAGCAGAAACGCAUCGCCAGCCCCUCGCGGGCCGAGGUCAACCAGGUUACCCUGCUGAACAUCCCCGGCUUCAUUGAGCGUCUGUGUAAGCUGGCCACUAGAAAGGUGUCUGAAGCCACCGGAGCGAACUUCCUGCAGGAGCUGGAGGACUGGUACACGUGGCUGGACAACGCGCUGGUGCUGGACGCCCUCAUGCAGAUGGCCACAGAGGAGGCGGAACAAAGCAGUACAGAGUCAUCAGAUGAGAGUUCCCUGGCCACCAGUCCUCUGAGACAUCGACUGCCUCAGUCCAUGAAGAUCGUCCAUGAGAUCAUGUACAAAGUGGAGGUGCUCUACGUGCUGUGUGUCCUUCUGAUGGGCCGACAGAGGAACCAGGUCCACAAGAUGCUGGCUGAGUUUCGUCUCAUCCCGGGACUCAACAACCUGUUCGACAAGCUCAUCUGGAGGAAAUACACGGCGUCCAACCACGUGGUCCACGGGCAGAACGAGAACUGCGACUGUAGUCCAGAAAUAUCCUUUAAGAUCCAGUUCUUGAGGCUACUUCAGAGUUUCAGUGAUCACCACGAGAACAAAUACCUCCUGCUGAACAGCCAGGAGCUGAAUGAACUGAGUGCCAUAUCGAUGAAGGCGAACAUCCCCGAGGUGGAGGCGCUGGUGAACACAGACAGGAGCCUGGUGUGUGACGGGAAGAAGGGGCUCCUCACACGCCUGCUCACCGUCAUGAAGAGGGAGCCCCCAGACUCCUCAUUCAGAUUCUGGCAGGCAAGGGCAGUGGAAAGUUUUCUCAGAGGAGCCACCUCCUAUGCAGACCAAAUGUUCCUCCUGAAGAGAGGUCUACUAGAGCACAUCCUGUUUUGCAUCAUAGACAGCGGCUGUACGUCUCGAGACGUCCUGCAGAGCUACUUUGAUCUGCUGGGAGAGCUCAUGAAGUUCAACAUUGAUGCCUUCAAAAGAUUCAACAAAUAUGUCAACACACCAGAAAAAUUUCAGACCUUCCUGACGCAGAUCAACAGCUCUCUGGUGGACUCCAACAUGCUGGUGCGCUGCAUCACCCUCUCAUUGGACCGCUUCGAGAGCCAGACUGAAGAUGUCAAAGUGGUGGAGGUGCUCUCUGAAUGCUGUCUGCUGUCCUACAUGGCCAAAGUUGAGAACAGGCUGGCCUUCCUCUUUCGACUCGUCAACAUCAUCAACGUACAGACGCUCACACAGGAGAAUGUGAGCUGUUUAAACACCAGUUUGGUGGUCCUGAUGUUGGCCAGAAGAAAGGCUAAACUGCCCUUCUACCUCAACGCCCUGCGGGAGAAGGAGUACGCUGAGAAGUACCCGGGCUGUCUGCUCAACAACUUCCACAACCUUCUGCGCUUCUGGCAGCGCCACUACCUCAACAAGGACAAAGACAGCACCUGUCUGGAGAACAGCUCCUGCAUCCCCUUCAGCUACUGGAAGGAGACGGUGUCGGUGCUGCUGGGCUCCGACAGGACUUCUCUGUGUGCCAUAGCGAGCUACAUUGACGAGCCCUACAUGGAUCUGGACAAAGACCUGCUGGAGGAUUGACCUCCGGGGGCGGCGUGGUUGGGGGGGGGGGGGGGGGGUGCAGACGGUCACAGGGAGCAUGGACACCUGAAGCUGGUGCCGACUCCUCCGAGCCGUCCGGGGGGCUUCACUGCGUCCCGGAUGAAAAGACUUGCCCGUUUCCCGUCUGUAUGAACGGAGACACAAAGCGCUCCGGCUGUCACCUUCUCACUAAGAAACCCACACCCCCCCCCACACAUGGUUUAACAGACAAUUAAAGGACAUUGCAAAAUGACACAUGCAUUGGUUGUUUGCUUUAGGUCCAAUAGAGCCUUUUAUAUAACCUAUACAAAAUUCUAUGAAAAAAAUAUGUAUGAUUCAACAAAGUAUAUGUUCGACAAAAAUAUCCUUUUCACGUGGACUGGCUUUGGAAGUGACCACAGCUUGAGCCGUGACCCAGGACUCUCUCUCUCUUUCUCUCUCCCCCCCACUACCUACACCCUCUGCUGCCCUUUUUUUUUUCCGCAGGGGUCUUCUCAAUGAACAGCAUCUACAUUCAACCUGUCUAUGGGUCUGUUUUUAAUUAGGUGGCUUUUGUUAAUCGGUGCUCUCUGGCUCUACUCUGCACAUUGAAGGUAGCUUGUGGGCCGGCUAACAUGUCACACACACAUGCACACGCACACACACACACACACACACACACACACAUGGGGCUCUCUCAUCUGAAACCCUCCACUCUGUCGUGGCUUCAGACGUUUCACCCAGGGACUCCUUUCUUAUUAUUUUGUUGAUUUCCUUGAUGUCUUGUUUAAAAAGAAAAAACAAUGACUUUUUAGCUUUCUGGUUGAACUGUAGAAUAAAACCUUGCACAGAUGUAAUUGUUUUUAUUGUUUAUUAUAUUUUACCACUUUUUUUGUUGAUUAAAGAAAACAACCUUUUCAUUUUGUAACGGACUUUGUAUCCAUGUUGUGAGAGAUGCUUUGGGAAGAGAAUAAACUAUGCAGGCGCUAGUGUUAAAAUACCACUUUCAUUGUUCCAGUCCACACAGAGUUUAUGUGAAUCAGCCUUCUUUCUCUGGUCUCUGCAAACCUUUGACUACACGCUGAGAAUGACAAUCUUUCUAUGCGACGGCUCUCUUUUCCUUGCAUGGCACCACUCGAUCUUGAAUCUAGAUAAAGAUGAAGCAGUGAGCACAGCUGUGUCGACGAUGUGUUCGUGUGCAGCUGUUUUUAUGGAAAAAGAAAGAUUUGGUGUCUCAAAUUGAACAGAUAAGUACAAAUGGAUGAGCUACCUCAUAUUUUAUCCGUACAGAUCAAAAACCACUUCUGAUGACAAGUGUACAGUUUUCCUCUGAGCAUGUCAUGAGUCAUAAUAAAUGUUCAUGUGAAUGUAUAAGGGCAUUUCUACAGUUGAUGCCAUGAGUUGCUAGUGCUAUGCCGCCUUGGGAUGCAAACACAAACGUCCUUUUACACUUUGAAAGCCUUUUAUUUGCUUUAAAGCUGAUUAACCAGAAAUGUUUCCUCUGUUUUCUUUUCCUAGCUUUCAUUCAGCAUGUCUUAAAUCUCUUGAUGGGUGUGCACAUACUUUGAAUUAGUUCAUCUUUUGUGCUUUGAAGUGCUUCUCUCUUACAAAAUUCUCAAUUUUCUUUUGCUGAAUGCCCGAGAUAACUCCGCUGGUUUCUUGAUAACAUGUGAUUUGACACCGGGUAACUCUGCAGUGGUGUUAGUGCUGAUCGUGUGUUAUCAUUGAUCCCCAAUCUCCUCGUCUCACCAUGGAAGUCAAUGAGGCUAUCGGUAUAAAAACAUGAAUGUUGUGAGCGCUCUAUUUAAACAAUCCUGACUUCUGUAGCUUUGUGAUCUGAAUUGUUCAGAGAGAGUGAACCCUCUGUAUGAUGCACAAGAGAUUUGGUUCUCAACACUUAAUGCUGUAUGUGGUGUGAUCUGCUCCUCGUAGGCCUUAGAUUUCAUCCUUUUUUGUUUGUUUAGAAAAUGGUGAAAUGUUUUCCCCUUUGGCCAGAAACAUGCUGCACAGUGUUUAUGUCGACACUAUUUGGUUUUCUUUAGAUCCCUGAUGCUUUGACUUUAUUUAAAAGGAGAUUGAUGUGAUGUUUGGAACGAGGAGGACACAUUUUUGCACCCGGUCCUAAACGUGGACCGUGUGGUGCUUCUUUGAUCGAAUGAUUGUGUCUCACUGAUUUACCUAUAGUGUUUGUUGACCAACAGAUGCGGACAGUGGAUAAUAUUCAUGGUGUGAAAUCUAAAUCCUUUUAGAUAACCUAUGUUUUUCUUCAUGUGUUGAAUUAUGCAUAAAAUCUCCACAUGUUUUUGUGUUUUAAAUUUCACCUCUGCACCCUUCAGUCUUCAUCUCCUUCUAACCCUGUUUGACCAUCAAACAAACAGACUAUAACUCUGUAACCCACUUUCACCCACAUGUUCCCCCUCUAAUGCUGGUAUUUAACUUCAUUUUUUCUUAUUUAACAGCUGUUUGUCAAAUUAAUAAUAUAAUAAAUUCUUCUUUAGACCUUC